AUGUGUCGAUUCGAUUCGAUUCGCCACCGUCGUACCAGCUCGUACCAGCUCGUAUCAGCUCGUAUCAGCUCGUAUCAGCUCGUAUCAGCUCGUAUCAGCUGUUUAAUACUGUUUGCCCAUACGAUUUACGCGUUCGGACAUUCGGCCGAUACCGGCCCAAUACGCCGAUACGUAUUGGGAAAUUCCCAAUACCGGAUUCAAGCACCCCUAGCGAUGCGAUGGUGUGUGUGUGUGUUCGGACAUUCGGUAUAUAUGAUAAUGAUAUAA